AUGUCUGCUUGGCUAGUGUACUUAAAAACGAUGAUGGAGAUGGCACCAGCGAUCAAACGAGCCGCGGUCAUUAGCACCGAUGGAGAAGUGUGGGCAAGUUCACAAGGCGACAAUGGCUUUCGCGUAAAUAACGACGAACUGAUCAAAUUCGCUUCUCUAUUUAAUGAUAUUGAAAACGUUUCCUCACAUGGUGCCGACCUCGAAGCGGUUCACUAUGUUGUGCCAAAGGUUGAGAAUAAUCUCAUGUUCGGAAAGAGACCCAAUGGUGGAUUUUUCGCCUCAAAAGCGCAGCUCGUUAUUUUAAUCGCCGUGUUUGAUGGCGAGAACCAAGUUGUGGAUGACGUCCGUAAAGUUGUAGAAAGAAUGGCUCAGAACCUCAUCGACGUUGGAUUCUAA